AUGAAAAUCCUACACAUUAAGAAGCAAUUGCCCAGCCACACCUUAUCUGAUCACGAAGUACAGGGUGUUACAAUGAACCCGAACAAUGACGACGAUACAAAUACUCUGAUGGAACUCUUCUCAUCACCUUUGUCCAGUAUUAUUGAACAAGUGGGUGAAACACAAAAGAGUCGAAAUAAAGCCAGACUCAACCCACUUUCAUCAUCACCAACGUCAUCACCAACACGCCAUAAAACCCAGAGUCUAAAGUUUCAUCAUAUCACCGAUAAGGAGCUAUCGCAAAGGGGCUCUGUCAUAAACUCCAGAAACAAACACAACAAGAUACGCCAAGUAAGGAGUCAACACCGGUAUGAAAAGCUACUGUUGCAACGGGAAAAGGUCACCGACAAGCAAUACAAAGAGGAUGUGGAACGAGAGUACGAUGAACAAGCACGUGAGUUCAUGGAUAAUGAAGACAUAAAUCGAUUAAUCGAUGACGAAUGGGAAAUAAUGAAUGAAAAUAAGAGGAGCAGUUUGGAAUUGGAGGAAGCGGAGGCUAGAGCAUGGGAAGAGGAGAUGGAACUAAUGGAAUUGAUAGGCACUUUGGAUUUAAACGGUGGAAGCUGA